CUACAAUUCCUAUCACAUCGUUACAGUUCAUUCAUUCAAACGUUCGACUUCGUCGCGUCCACUUGAACUAUCAACUACUAAAUGUAUCGACGCUAGUAGGAUAUUUAGGAAGAAGUAAAGAUUUCUAAAAAUGUCAAAUGCUGUGAUUAUUGCUGUUUAUAUUUUAAAUACCACAAAAACUAAUAAAUUUUAAUUCUUAUCGUGUAUGUUGUUCGGUUUGUUUUCGUCAUGGAGCCCGAUGAGAACAAAAAUAUACCCAGUGUGUCCCAAGUGGUGGAUGAAAAUGCAAGAGCUAGUGAUGUUACCACUGCUAAAGACGAAAAACAAGCCAACAAACAAGAAAUCAAAGGAAAGAAGAUAACAUGGAAGCAAAAAUGCUCAUUAGUAAUGUUAAUGACAGCAGAUUUUAUGUGUUAUUGCUCAAUGUCUAUUAUGGCACCCUUUUAUCCACAAGAAGCUGCACAUCGGGGGAUGACACAAUCCAUGGCAGGCUUCGUAUUCGGCUAUUUCGCUUUAGUCAUUUUCAUUUCAUCUCCUAUAUUCGGUAAAAUUUGUCCAAAAAUUGGAGUUAAAUUUUUAUUUAUUAUUGGAUUAUUUACAUCAGGGAUUUGUACUGUGAUAUUUGGAACUUUGCAUCACGUAGAGGACUACGGUGGUUUUACAACACUUUCGUUUGUAAUAAGAGGCUUUGCCGCCUUGGGUUCCAGUGCGUACGCUACUGCUGCCUAUGUGAUAGUAGUAAAUGUGUUUCCUGAGAAUGCUGGCGCAAUCAGGGGUAUUUUAGAAACAUUUGUAGGGUUAGGACUGUGCGCAGGUCCAGGAAUCGGGGGCGUGCUUUUUGAUAUCGGAGGCUUUGGCCUCCCAUUCUAUGUAGUAGGAAUAAUUCUGGUGAUACUUGCACCGCUAAAUAUUUUCAUUUUGGAAAGGCCUCAAAAAGCCAAGAUUGAAUCUAAGUCUGGUUCAUUAACUAGUCUUUUGAAAUUGACCCCGAUCAUGAUGACCUGUUUUAUUAUGAUCGUGGUAUCAAUGACAUGGGGAUUUUUGGAUCCCACAUUGGAACCUCACUUUAGUAAGUUUUCUCUUUCCAACACGGUGAUAGGAUUGAUAUUUUUACUCACAUCUGGAACAUAUGCAAUAUCAUGUCCGUUUUGGGGCUACUUAACAGAUAAGCUUCAAGUUUAUUGGUGGUUAAUGACCGUUGGAUUAUUUGGCAAUUCUGUGAUAUUAUUAUUUUUAGGACCUUGUUUUAAUUUUUUGCCUGAAUCAUUGUGGUUAAAUAUGUUGAGUUUGUCGCUUCUAGGGGUUACAGUAGGAAUGGCAUUAAUGCCUACAUAUCAGUUUAUUUUGGACAGUGCUAUUGAGAACGGAUAUGCGGAUGACUUAGCGACACAUUCGGUAAUAGCAGGUUUAUGGUCAUCUGUAUAUUCUCUUGGGGAGGUCCUGGGUCCUGUUCUUGGAGGAUCCCUCAUGGAGCAUUACGAAUUUUCAAAUGCAUGUGCAACGUUUGCAGCACUCAACUUCUUCGUAGGAGCUUUAACUACAGUGUUUUUAAUGAACAGAAAAGAGUUGUCAUUAAAAGGAAAUUUACUAAGUGUUUUUAUAAAACCAGAAAUCUACCAAAACGGUACCAUUGAUAUUAUUGUGGAGAAAGAGCAGCAAAAGAUGAUUGAGAAUAUUAAAACUAAAUAGGCAACUAGUUUUUUAAUUUCAAUUUGUUGAGAUAUAGUUUAUAUACCAUGUACUUGUUUAUUAUUUAUUAAUAAACCUCGACCUUUGAUUAGGAUAUGUUGAAAGUAUUAAACCAUGUCAAAUUAAAUAAAAAUAAUUUAACUGUU